GUAGCCAAUAUGCACACACGAACAAAGUGAGCAGUACGUCUGGCUGUCACUUUGUCAAGCCUCAUAUGAAAAUAAUAAUAAGUGUACAACGGAAUUUGUACAGCUUCCAGAUUAGUUUGGUCGACUAAAACGUUGAUUUUUUUGUUUAAUCUGCUCAUAAUUUGAAUAAGGUGUGAAUUUACAAAAAACGUGAAAAGUGAGAAAAAAACGAAUAAACGAACGAAAAUAAAAACAAUUCAAUGUUGCUACGCAAAUUGUAAUCAAAACGACGUUGAUAUGGCAGCAACACGAUUACCUGAACAAAAAAUUAUUCUUUGCGGUGAAUAUGGAGCUGGUAAAAGUUCAAUAUUCCGUCGAUAUACAAAUGAUACAUUUGUGACGAGUACAGACCGAAGUUCGACACUUGGACUGGACCAUUUUUCGAAAAGUUUCACAGCCAACCAGCGUGAAAUUAAGUUGGCACUUUGGGAUACUGGAGGAAUGGAGCGUGUGGCCAGUGUUACGUCAAGUUACUACAAAUUUGCUGAGGGUGCUAUACUAAUUUUCGCAUUGGACAAUGCAUCAUCAUUUCAUGCUUUAUCACAACAUCUAUUAGACAUAGUCACAUAUGCUGAAAAUGCCAAAAUCUUUUUAUGUGGGAAUAAAUCCGAUAUGGUUGGUAAAGAGCCACAGGUCACUGAUGCUGAUAUUGAAGACUUUAUCGAACAAUGUCAAAACUUAAUUAGUGGCACAUAUAAAAUAUCAUGUAAAACCGGCGAAGGUAUUCAUGAAAUGUUUCAAGAAAUCGCAAACAUUUUGACACAAUCGAAUCGAUCCCGACUCGAACUACAAUCAUUAGAGCAUCAUGGUUUCAAAGUAGAUCAACCCGAAACUAAUACAGACAAAUGCAAAUGCUAAACAGAGAUUUUUUUUAAAUUACUUUAAAUGCCAACAUUCAAUUAAUACAGCUACUAAUUUGUU